AUGCACGAAGAGGAUGACAGUACCUCUACUCCGAGCAGGAAUUCUCGGAUUUUGGUCGCCAAAUCUGUGGAUUCGGCGGAUUAUGAAGGCACAAAGGAGCAACCCCCGAAAUUAUGCGGCUACCUAAAUAAACUUGUCGGAAAGGGUCCCCUUAGGGGGUUCAAAACCCGCUGGUUCGUCUACGAUCCGAGGAAAUGUUAUUUGUAUUACUUCAAGUCUCCGCAAGACGCUCUUCCACUUGGACAUAUUGAGAUUGCAGAUGCAUGCUUCAGCUAUGAUGUGGAGGGAGAGGAAGGACAGUUCGAGAUUCGUACUGCUGGGAAGGAGUUCUUUCUUAAGGCACCCAACAAGCAGGCCAUGCAGUACUGGCUUCAGCAGCUGCAGCAGAAACGUUGGGAAUUCAGUAAUACCCGAGGAUCUGGCCACCGAGACAGCUGGUGCUCCCCAAUUCAGCUGUACCCUCAUACUGGACUGGUGGCCAAAGACACAGAUGUCUUUGCAUUUGAGAAACCCAAUGAGACCAUGGAAAGUGUCCGCAAUGACUUUGCUGUAGAGAUGGACGGUGACGGACUAGUUGGGAUUCCGUCUGCACGAAAUUCUACGGCCCAUUCCACAGCCGCGCUCAGCUCAAUCAAAAACUGGGGUACAGAGCUCAGGAACAGCAUGUCCCACCUUCGGUCAGGGAGAGGUGGCGAGAACAGGCGCAGUGUGUUUUACACAAACAGUAAUGAUGAGUGGGAAAUGCUUGAGCACCCCACCAAGGACAUGCCCGAACACAAACCCCAAGCAGACAGCCAUCGACGCGAGAGCCCCUCACACUAUCACCGACAUUCUAUCGGCUCUGCGUUCACGUUUGAUUUUGGGCGGAACAACUCUCGACUGAGGAGGCCACUGCUACGGGACAUGAUUGGUAGUAAGACGAUGCGCAGUCCUGAGGUCUCGCCGGUGGAUGGUGGUGACAGUAAGACGUCUGAGCUACAGCUGCGUCUGCAGAGCCAGCAGGAGGAGCUCAACCACAUGCAGGAGGAACAGAACCGCCUCCGAGAGGAGCUGGCCAGUCAGAAGGAGUUAGUCAGGCUACUUCAACAAACACUGCGCAGCUCCCAGUUCAGCGCCAGCGGCCCUGCGGGGCCCCAAGGGCCCGAAAAUGGCCAGACCCAGUCCCUGCUGGAGGAGAGGGACAGUCAGAUCCAAGCGCUGUGUGGUCACAUGGAGAGACUGGCUCUGGAGAAGGAGAGCUUACAGCAGGAGCUGAAGACCCUCAAACUGAAGGUAGGCGAGAUUAACGAACAGCUGGCCAUGCUGAUGGAGACCAUCCAGGCCAAAGAUGAGGUCAUCAUCAAACUCUCCCAGCAAGGCAGCGAGACCAGUGCCCAGACGUCGGACUGCAGCUCCCCAGUUGCCAGCAAGGAGAAAGAGGAGCUGGACAGACUAAAGGACAGUCUACACGGCUACAAAUCCCAAAACAAUUUCCUGAAUAAAGAGAUUCUGGAGUUGACAGUUUUACGAAGGAACGCUGAGGCCAGAGAAAAGGCCCUUGAAGCAAAGUAUACUGCUCUGGAGGCCAAGCUGUGCCAGGUGGAGAGUAAAUUCCUGGUUCUCCUGCAGGAGGUGAAAUCUCCAGUCUGCUCCUCAUCAGAUCAGAGUCCAGGUAGCGAGGUCAUCUCCAGGCUCCUGGAGGACGCUCUACAAGUGGACAACACAGAUCAACAGGAGCAAACAGUCCUCAAACCACACCCUGUUAGCGAGUAUGACAUUUAUGGGUUUAAGACCGUACCAGAGGAGGAGGAUGAGGAGGAGAAGCUGGUUGCCAAGGUGAGGGCUUUAGACUUGAAGACCCUGGCUUUGACCGACCAGGAGGUGUCUGUGGAGGUGAAGUGGGAGAACUACCUGGCAGGCACUAUGAACCGUGAGAUGGUCCGUUCUCCAGAGCUCAAGUCCUUGAUUCGCUGCGGAGUUCCCCACGCCCAUCGGCCUAAGGUCUGGAGCUCCUGUGUCGGUUUCCACGUGAAAAAGUUCCGCGAUAACUUGCCGGCGGAAUACUACGAAAACCUCUUGCUUCUGGCCCAAGAGAAGCCCAACCCGGCCUCUAAGCAGAUCGAACUGGACCUGCUACGAACACUUCCCAAUAACAAGCACUAUGCCUCGCCCACUGCAGAUGGUAUCCAGAAACUCAGGAAUGUACUGCUGGCUUUCUCCUGGAGAAACCCUGACAUUGGUUACUGCCAAGGCCUCAACAGGCUGGCAGCCAUAGCCCUGCUCUAUCUGGAUGAGAAGGAUGCUUUCUGGUGUCUCAUUGCUAUCGUGGAGGUCUUCAUGCCCAGAGAUUAUUACACGAAAACACUGCUUGGCUCACAGGUGGACCAGCGUGUGUUUAAGGAUCUGAUGAGUGAGAAACUGCCACGGCUUCAUGCUCACUUUGAGCAGUACAAGGUGGAUUUCUCUCUCAUCACCUUCAACUGGUUCUUGGUGGUGUUUGUGGACAGCGUGGUGAGCGACAUAUUAUUCAAGAUAUGGGACGCUUUUCUCUAUGAGGGACCCAAGAUCAUAUUUCGCUUCGCUCUUGCGCUUUUCAAGUAUAAAGAGGAGGAGUUUUUGAAACUGCAGGACUCCAUGGCUAUCUUUAAGUAUCUUCGCUAUUUUACACACACCAUCCUCAACGCAAGGAAGCUGAUGAGCAUGGCGUUUGUGGACAUGAACCCAUUCCCUCUGAGACAGAUCCAAAACCGUCGAACCUUCCACCUGGAGAAGGUCAGACUGGAGCUGACCGAACUGGAGGCCAUUCGACAGACCCUGCUGCGCGAAAGAGACACGACCCCGGAUGGACGGACACUCAUCAGCGAUGAUGAGGAAGAUGGUUAGACUACAACCAGUCAUGGUUCAGACCUGCUAGGGUGAUCAGCCAAUCAAAUAUGAGCAAAUUCCAUGUGUUACUCACCACAUGUUCUGUAUAGGAGACCAAUCUCUGCUGGAUUCAUGUAGUAUUAAGUUCACAUAUUUGUCUGGGUUGGAACAGUUUCUGAGAUGCUUGUUGUGAGCAUUGUGA